AUGUCUGUCUCCGGGAUGAAGAAGCAGCUGCAUAAAGCCAGCCAGCUGCUGAACGAGAGGCUGAUGGGAGCCGAAGGAACAAAGAUGGACGAAGACUUCCUGAAGAUGGAGAAGAGUGUUGUAGUAAUCCACUCUCUGCUGGUGGAGCUGCUCUCCAGGACUACAGAGUUCCUCCAACCAAAUCCAGCAGACAGAGCUAAGCUGAACAUGCUCAACACCGUGUCCAGGCUGCGAGGACAGGGCAGGUCAGCAGGCUACCCGCAGACAGAGGGCAUGCUGGGAGACUGUAUGCUGCACUACGGCCAGGAGCUCGGAGCUGCUUCGGAAUUCGGUGGUGCUCUGUCUGGUGUGGGUGAAGCUCUGCAGCAGGUUGCUCAGGCCAGGGAUGUUCUGGAUGUCAGCGUUAAACGCACCUUCAUCGACCCCCUGCAGGAUCUCCAUAACACAGAGCUGAAGGAUAUCAGGUACCAGCUGAAGAAGCUGAAUGGUCGUCGGCUGGACUUUGACUACAAGAGGAGACGAAGAGGCAAAGUCCCAGCAGAGGAGGUCCGGCAGGCCUGGGACAAGUUCAUGACGUCCAAAGAGCUGACAGAGAGGAGCAUGUUCAUCCUGCUGCAGAACGACGUGGAUCAGCUCAGUCGCUUGGCGGCUCUGGCGGCUGCGCUGCUGGACUUUCACCGCAACGCCCACCGCAUCCUGCUGGGUCUCCAUGGCAACCUGCAGGCAAGGUUGACGGCUGCCAGUAACAAACCUGAGCGACGCUUCAGGUCCCGAAAGAUCAGAAUCAGAAGCGAACACAACGGCAGCAUCGGAUUUUACCACCAGCCCUUUUAUUUUUCUGUGACAGGCGAACAGCUCCCAGCGACACCGUCCAGACCCGGCAGUCCCAUCUCCUGCUACGCUGACAGUAAGCUGGUCCUGGAUCAGCCCUGUUGCCGGGCGGUCUACUCCUUCCAUCCGAACCACGAGGGCGAGUUGGACUUCAGCGAAGGCGACAUCAUCUUCCUCACCAAUCAGGUCGACGCCAACUGGUACAAGGGCACGCUCGCCGGCCAAUCAGGACUGUUCCCCAUCAGCUAUGUGGAGGUGCUGGUGCCUCUGCCGUUACCAUGA